AUGGUGCCCAAGUUUUGUGCUGGCUUUCAGAUUGCCCCAACGUUUUCGUUUACUGUAGUUUCUUGUUUGGCACUCCCUCCCACCCCGUCAUCACUUCUCCUCCCCCACCAGCUGUUGCCUCACCCUCCCACCCACCACGUCAUCGCCUCUCCCUCCCACCCACCUUUCCAUCGCUACUCCCUCCCACCCCGCCAUCCUCUCUCGAUUCCAGCCCCCCUUCCCCUCUCCCUCCCACUAUGCCGAGGCCUCUCCCUCCCUCCCGCCGUCGCCUCUCCGUUCCUCCCGCCGUCGACUCUCCCUCCCUCCCGCCGUCGCCUCUCCCUCCUCCUCGCCGUCGCCCAUCCCUCCUCCCCGCCGUCGCCUCUCCCUCCUCCCUGCAGUCGCCCAUCCCUCCUCCCCGCCGUCGCCUCUCCCUCCUCCCCGCCGUCGCCUCUCCCUCCUCCCCGCCGUCACCUCUCCCUCCUCCCCGCCGUCGCCCAUCCCUCCUCCCCGCCGUCGCCUCUCCCUCCUCUUCGCCGUCGCCCAUCCCUCCUCCCCGCCGUCGCCUCUCCCUCCUCCCCGCCGUCGCCCAUCCCUCCUCCCCGCCGUCGCCUCUCCCUCCUCCCCGCCGUCGCCUCUCCCUCCUCCCCGCCGUCGCCUCUCCCUCCGCAUCACGGUCGCCUUUCCCCCCCAUCCGCCGUCGCCGCUCCCUCCUCCCGCCGUCGCCGCUCCCUCCCAUCCCGCCGUCGCCUCUCCCUCGCAUCCCGCCGUCGCCUCUCCCUCCCAUCCCGCCGCCGACUCUGUCGACAGGUCACGAGCAAGCUGGUGCGCGAGUGGGAGCCGGUGCGCGAGCGCGGGUUUGACUCUGCACCGUGA